AUGAUCAUGGAAUCAAAAAUAUGUGAAGCUGGAAGUGCCUGUAAAAAGUUGAAUGUAUGCAAGAAAAAAUUAAGAAGCAUUAAUAAGGAUGGAUUGAGUGUAUUGAAGACAUGCUGGCAUCAAACGAAGAACACUAACAUACAAAAAUUCAGAAUGUAUGGACAUUUGUGUGUACUUAUGCACAACUUUGCACUAACUAAAAAAUUGUACCCAUGCACUGGAAGCCGCCCAGAUGUAAACAUGCAAACAAGUAACAAGCAAGCUUGGGUCGUUAAUGUCAAGGACAUGACUAUUUUUAAGUUAAUAAAAUGGCACAAAUCCGGCAACAACUCAGACCUACAAGGCCAACACAACAACAUCAACAACCAGUACAACAACAUCCGCCCCAACAAAUCUCUCGUCUUCACCGAGCAAGACGACAACGACGACAACUUCAUUGAGCUGCAGCAGCAACACCACCACCACCAACAACAACAACAACAACAGCAACAACUUCAGCAACAAUUGUCAACGUGCUUGCCAGUGCGUCUCAACUACUCACAACAGGAUCAACUGCAACAACAGUAUUUUCAGCAGCAGAGGUUGGUAGACGCGAUUGAGUGCGGCUGCUACGGCACCCACUUCCACCACCACCACCACCCCAUCAUUCCUGCUGACUCUUCAAAAAGGUUUAAGAUGGAUUUUUUCUACUUUUGCAAGAUUUUUCAUCUUCUCGGCGAUGGUUGA